AACCAAUGUUCGUUUCAUGCGGAGCAUUUUACCGACGGACCACGAUUCCGGAAGUCACGCGUUAUGUUUGCGGAGGUCAAUUGAAUUGGUUUUACCCAUCAUAAACAUCCAGGUCACACAGCCAUGGUGAAGAAAAAGCGUGUUCGUCUCAUAGCAGAGAUGGCUCGGAAGAUCCGCGCCUACCGCGAGCUGAAGAACCGACCCCGGGACUCGCAAAAGUACGCCCUCGAUUACGACACCAUGAAGCGGCCUCACACGGGGAAGAUGCUCCCCGUACUGGCUUGGCAGGAUGUCCGCCGCGAGAGUCGCUUGUUCUCUCUGCUGGCGGGUAUGCGGAUGUUCGGAGUGGGCCGUGUGUUCACUCGCAAGUCGUGGCUGGAGGACCACACGGAUCCCAGUUACUGGCAGAUCACCAAAGUCAAGGUGGACUACACGGCUGAGGACAUGGAUCAUGGGAAAGCCUGGGGCAUCCUCACUUAUAAAGGAAAAGAGGAGAAAGAGGUCAAAGAAAUCGACAAAGUGAUGUACCACGACUGGCGCCUCGUCCCCAAGCACAUGGAGCAACAAUUUAAGGACUUUGUGCCCCUUCCUGAGCCGCCCGUGCGCUAUGUCCCUUACCCUCCGCUGCUGCGCGCCAUGAAGCUGGCGCGGCACAAGCAAACGGAAGGCACCAUCCUGGCGGAGGAGCCUCUAAUGCCUUUAGAAAGGGAAGUGGUGCUCACCAAAGACUUUUUCCGGAGUCAAGACCAAGGAAAAAAGGAGAGACUGGAGACAGCUGUGUGAUGUCUACGAUUGUCAAAGUGAAGGACAAGAACCAAUUGGUAAUUCUACCAUCAGAAACAAAUGGUAGCGCUGUUUCAUGUGUAAAAUGACUUGUUAAAUAUCUUAAUAAAAUGUGAUUAAAUGUGUGUAGU